AUGGGGUUCGACCGCAUGACCCCAGUCCAAGCAAGCUGCAUUCCCCUCUUUGUCGGCCACAAGGAUGUUGUUGUCGAGGCUGUGACGGGUAGCGGCAAGACGCUUGCGUUCCUCAUUCCUAUCGUUGAGAAAAUACUACGUUUAGACGAGCGCACAAAGAAACAUCACGUAGCCAGCAUAGUUGUGUCACCGACGACAGAACUUGCACGGCAAAUUCACCAAGUCCUAAGCGCUUUACUCACCUUCCACCCGCCUUCAAAGAGUGCGCUUGAUUCCGAGGAACAUCCCGAAAGACUGCAAAAUCGAGUUGAGCAAGAGAGGGGGACUGGAGAAGAGAAAACAGAGAGACAGAUAUACCCAGCAAAGACGUCAGUCGUACUUCCUCAGCUCCUCGUGGCAGGAGAUGUGUCUCCGGCCCAAGAUCUUCGCCGGUUUCUUCAGAAUUCACCAAAUGUACUCAUCGCGACACCUGGCCGGCUCCUGGACCUGAUCUCUUCUCCACAUGUACAAUGUCCGCAGUCUUUGUUCGAGAUGUUGGUUCUAGACGAGGCGGACAGGCUGCUUGACAUGGGAUUCAAGGACAACCUUCAAAAGAUCAUACAGAGGCUACCAAAGCAGAGAAGGACGGGCCUCUUCAGCGCUACAGUCAGCGAAGCUGUUGACCAGAUCAUAAGAGUCGGGCUGCGGAAUCCAGUAAAGAUUGCCGUUAAAGUCAAAGGACUGGACGCUUCUCAGAAGCUGCCCUCGAUCCAGAAGUUGCUGUCAUUCAUCGGCCCAGCCCCUCUAAAGACUAUUAUCUAUCUAUCAACCUGCGCAGCUGUCGAUUAUUUUCAGCACACACUACCUUUGCUACUACCUAGACGAAACGAACAGACAUUCUCUCUGGUAUCGCUUCAUGGCAAACAGCAGCAAAAAAUAAGACAGAAAAAUUUCGCCAAGUUCGCCAAUUCAACUAGCCCUAUCAUUCUUCUCACCACCGAUGUUGCCGCACGAGGUCUAGACAUCCCGCAAGUCGAUCUUGUCCUCCAGAUCGACCCUCCGAACGACCCGAAAGUCUUUCUCCACCGCUGCGGUAGAGCAGGAAGAGCGGGAAGGAAAGGCCUUAGCAUCGUGUUUCUACAGCCAGGCCGGGAAGAAGACUAUCUGCAAUUCCUAGACAUUCGCAAGACUCCCCUGUCUACCUUUUCGCAAGCUUGGGCGGAUACAUCGGACCAAGACGCACGUGCGGCUGCUGAGAAGAUGAGAGAAGUGGUCUUGACAGACCGGACACUACACGAGAAAGCACAGCGUGCCUUCGUCAGCUGGGCAAAAGCUUACAGCAAGCACCAAGCCAGCAGCAUCUUUCGCCUUGCUGAUCAAGACUGGGCAGAUCUGGGUCAAGCCUGGGGUCUGCUGAAGCUGCCGAAGAUGCCGGAACUGCGGAAGUUCGACGGAGACAAGUCUCUUGGCGUUCAGGUCGACUGGGAUGUGUAUGGGUACAAAGACAAAGUCAGAGAACAGAAUCGACAGAAGAUCAUGGUGGAGGUGGGGAUAGUGGAGAAAGACGUGACGAGACAAGCUGCGAGUAGGAAGAAUGUGAAAAGAGCAUGGAGCCAGAAGCACGACCAGCAGGAUGAGAGGGUGACCAAGCGGACGAAGAGGCAGAAGAAGCGAGAGAGCGAGCGAUGGGAGAGUAUGACAGGGGAAGAGAGGAAAAAGCAUCAGCAAUUGGAAGCUAUGAUACAACAAGUCAGGCAGAUGAAUCAGCAAACCGAUGACUUUGAGGAUUUCGCUGACUGA